GUUCCUUGAUACUGUUCAGAUGACUCCGAUCGUUGCCGCGAUAAAGAAAUCAAUGUGGGGAAUAGUGACAUCUAGAAUUCCAAAGAGUAGAUAAGCCAGAGCCUGAGCCCAAGCCAUAGCUCCCAAAGAGGAAUAGCAAAGAAAUUUAGAUAAACGCGAGCCCAAAAGGGAAUGCGCGCGAAGAACGGUUCUUGAUCGGGUGCAGUGUUUGAGUUUUGUGAAUACGAGAGAGAGGAAUACAGUACUCCUUUCUCAAUACAUACAUACUCCCACAACUCAGUUGUUGGAAGUGUGAGCUCUUAGUGCCGUUGAACGUUGUUCUAAUACUAUUUGUGCACUUUGUGUCCAUGGUGCAAAUUGAUAAGCUCUGUAUAUCUAAUACAAGUCAAGAAAUACUUGAAAGUAACGCAUUACGAUGAGAGAUUUGAAGGCGAAGACCCCAUCAUCGAGCAGCAACCCUGUUCCCAAGCUGGAGUCCAGCACGAGCGGCGAGCGAGGGCCGCUGAAGCCAUCGAUGCUGCCCAAGGCAUUAGCAUUGGCAUCGUCUGAGGAGAUGGAGACCCUGCAGCCGGAUCUCGAACUGGACUUGGGGUCACGCGACAAUUGGGGCAGCUCCAUGGAGUUCCUUAUGUCCUGCAUCGCUUUAAGCGUGGGCCUGGGCAAUGUCUGGCGCUUUCCGUUCACGGCCCUCGAGAAUGGGGGCGGCGCCUUCCUGGUUCCCUAUCUGACGGUUCUGUUUGUGGUGGGCAAACCCAUUUACUACAUGGAAAUGCUGCUGGGGCAGUUCUCCAGUCGCGGCAUUGUGCAGGUCUUUGACUUUGCACCCCUCAUGAGGGGUGUGGGCUAUGCUCAGCUCUUGGCUUUGGGCGUUUUGGCCACAUACUAUGCCUCGGUAAUGGCUCUGACGUUGCGCUACUUCUUUGACUCCUUCUCGGCGGUGCUGCCAUGGAGCUACUGCCGUCCGGAAUGGGGCGAUGGGUGUGUGAGUGCCGCCAGCGAUGGACACCAGUCGCCCGUCGGACAGCUCUCGAGGAACUUUAGCUCCUCCUCGCAGCUCUACCUGCAGCGCAUUGUUCUGAACGAGACGCAAUCGCUGUCCGAGCAGGGCAUUGGCUAUCCCAGCGGCAGCCUGGCCCUGAUGCUGGCUCUCUCCUGGCUGACGGUCACGUUGAUAAUCAUACGGGGCGUGAAGAGCUCUGGCAAGGCAUCGUAUGUCCUGGCUCUGUUCCCCUACGCCGUAAUGUUCAUCCUGCUCGUGCGCUCGCUCACUCUGCCGGGGGCCUACGACGGAGUCAUGUACUUCCUGACGCCGCAGUGGGACAAGCUGCUGGAGCCGGAGGUGUGGUACAAUGCUGUCACUCAGGUGUUCUUUUCGCUGGCCGUCUGCUUCGGGGUGAUCAUCAUGUACUCCUCGUACAAUCGCUUCGGGCAUAAUGUCUACAGGGACGCGAAUAUCGUGACCACAUUGGACACCUUCACGUCCCUCCUCUCAGGCGUGAUUAUAUUCGGGAUCCUGGGCAACCUUGCCUACGAAUCGGGGACCAAGGACAUUGGCAGUGUGGUCAAGGCGGGACCUGGCCUCGCCUUCAUCUCGUAUCCGGAGGCAAUUGCUAAGUUCAAGAUGAUGCCGCAGAUCUUCUCGCUGCUCUUCUUCGGCAUGCUUUUCAUGCUGGGCGUGGGCAGCAAUGUGGGCAUGGUCAGCUGCAUUAUGACCGUUCUGAAGGAUCGGUUUGUGAACGCCAGGCUUUGGCUGAUUGUCGUCGGCCUCUCGCUGGUUGGCUUCAUCGUGGGUCUCAUUUACAUCACUCCCGGGGGUCAGCAUAUCAUAACCUUAUUGGACUUUCAUGGCGUGACCUUUGUGUCCUUGGUGUCGGCUAUCUUUGAGCUUGUGACCGUGGGUUGGAUCUACGGAACCAAACGCCUCUGCCAGGAUGCCGAGUACAUGUUGAACAUCAAGACCUCGAAAUACUAUCGCAUCUGCUGGUCCAUUGUCACGCCUUUGGUAAUGACUGUCAUCCUGUUCUACACGCUGUUCACAAUGCGUCCCUUGAGUUAUAAUGGACAGGAGUUUCCCCUGCCGUAUCGUGUCUUUGGCUGGAGCAUUUCGGCCUUCAUCAUUGGCCAACUGUUCUAUUGGGCCUGGCAUGCAAAUUACAAGCAGCCAAAGGGCUCCCUCAAGUGGCGCAUCAGCAACUCGGCCAAGCCCCACUCCGAUUGGGGACCACUGGACUCCAAGCAGCUCAUCGACUACCAGAAUUUUCGACGCAACCAGAAGGAUGUCGCUGCCGCUGCUCAUGCAGGCCUGAAGCAACAUCGCUGGCUCUGCUACAGCGUGGGAGAUCGUAUUUUCGGCUAAAGAGAUAGGAAGAAUCGUCUAUGUCACUCUAUAUAGAAAUUCUUCUAACAAUCAUUUGUAAUCUUCAUUCAUUCAUGAGAAUCGUACUUAAUAAAGGACUGUAAGAGAGA